AUGUCUGAAUCAAAGCGGCCGGCGGCUCAGCUCUUCAACAACCCCGCGCUUUCCGACGUCAAGAUCAAGCAAAUACACAAGGGCCAGACCCGCGAAUACUAUGCGCAUAAGGCUGUGCUAUGUCUAGAGUCAAAGUACUUUCUCAACGCCUUCACUGGUCACUUCAAGGUAAGUCAGCCAAGGUUAGAGCGUAGAUCGGUUGAAAGUUCUAACGAUCUGAAGGAAGCAUCGGAAGGCAUCAUGGAAUUGCAUGAGGACGAUCCCGAGCACUUUGAGUUCCUUCUCAAGUUCAUGUACACCGGCGAGUACGACAAGAACGAGAUCGCGAAGCUCGCAGGCGAUGAUAAGGGCAAGCGUGUUCUAGUUCCAAUCGGCGUGCACGCUAUCGCUGACAAGUACGACGUCGCCAAGCUCUACGAGCCAGCUGCGGAAGACGUGAAGGCUGUACUUAUGGAAGCUUCCAAAGGCCAAGACAUGCUCAUCACUGCAAUCCACGCCCACUACGGUACCGAAGUCAACGUUGAUGGGGCCAUGGGACGUCUCAUAACUUCCGUUGUCUUCGAAAAGUACCGUAAUCUCGUCAAGACGAAGGACUUUGAGCAGUUGCUGCUUGCCCAUCCUACCUUCGCCGCAGAUGUUGCGCUAAAUUCACAGCGUAACAACGUACUGUCUGGACCAACCUUCGCCCGGUGUAUUAACUGCGGCAAUCAGACUGUUGACGUAGCCGGCAUGCGCAGGGCAAAAAAUACAUACUUCAGUUGCCCUCAAUGCACCAGGCAGCAGAUUCUUCCAGCGGUUGGAAACAACUAG